AUGCAUGACAAAACUGGUAAGCCAAUCAUGGAGUGGGAUGGUAUCUUCAUAUGUUGUAACAAGGUGUUUCUAUGUGAAUCAAAACACAAAAUGACCGAAGAAAAGAUUACCAUGCUUGUUAAAAGAUUAAUGGAGUUUUCAAAUAAACUGGAGGUAACGAAAGAUUUCGAAUUCAAGAAAUUAUUGGGUAUGGAACGAAUUGGAGUCGCUUGUGCCACAUUUUUUCCGAGAGAACUAAGUGUGAAUGAACUUGGAUUAGUCGUUGCAUAUCCAGGAGGUGGCCGUUAUUGUGUAGAAGUACCCUCCAAAAUAUAUGGAUGUCAUAAAUGGUGUAAUUAUUUAUUAUUUGUACUGUAG